CUAACUGGGUAGGGAGGCUUUUGGCUGUAGGAGGUCUAGGAGUCGAAAAAAAUGCGAAAAAUGAAAAAAUUGAAAAAAAUGACAAUACCUCCCUAAAUCAUACCUUAUAUGUGAAAGGUGGUUGCAGCUCCUUCUGCCAGACCCUGACCUACAAAUUCGUGUAUCUGCCAUCGAUUUGACUAUUCCCAUUGGUAGGCACAAUCUCUGGAUUAUCGAUGCAUGUGUUUUGAGCGACCACGUGUUUAUAACCUGUCGAAGGAGUGUUUUGAAUCCAAAAUCAUCUGUCACUCUCCUUUGUGAUUAAAAAACUAAUGAAUACUACUUCGUCGUGUUUCUGACUUCCCUUCAUCAUUUCAUCCAAGAGACUGAGAAAUGAGGAAUCUAACUGUUCUGCACCACAGCAUCAGGGGUUUGAAGGAGGCCGAGGCGGGAUGUCCGGAGCUCCAGGAAGCUCUGAACAAACAAUUCAUCUGCAACAAUGAUCCUGACAGUGACACAAUUUUCGUUCUCGAGGAGAACCACCUCUUCGUCAUCACUUGCAAACAAGAUAUCGAAAUAGCUAUUGAAAAAAACAUUGAGGUCCAAGGCAACUGCAGACCGGUUGGUGUGGAGUACUGGAGUGACAAUGCAGUCCUGUACUGUGCCUACUCCUCCGGGGAACUAGUUAAAGUCACUCCAGAAUGGCCAUUUGAUCAGGAAGUCGUUGUGAAUAUCGAAGAGGGUAUUAAAUGCAUCAAGUUGAGCCCAGACCAGGAAAUACUGGUGUUGGUAACUGGGAGUGACAAUGUCAUGACUAUGAUGUCCAAUCUUCAAGUGUUAUCCAAGGUAAAUUUGAACGUUGACCAAUUCGGAGAGAAACAAUUCAUAACAGCUGGAUGGGGAGCCAAAGAAACCCAGUUCCAUGGCACCGAGGGAAAGGCAGCAGCAAAAGCGAAGCCAGUGAUAACAGGCAGAACUGAUAGUGACACCGGAGAUGUAUCAGUAACGUGGCGUGGUGACGGUACCCUAUUUGCUGUGACGUUUCUGAAUCAAGGAGACAAUGCCAGACGGUUCAGAGUAUUCAAUCGUGAGGGUGUGCUCCAAUGGACAAGUGAAUUAACAAGUGGGUUGGAGGAGAACUUGUCGUGGAAGCCAUCUGGUAAUUUACUGGCAUCCACACAACGACUCCCCAAUAAACAUGUCACAGCACUUUUCGAAAAAAAUGGCCUCAAGCAUCGGGAGUUCUCCCUUCCCUUUCUACCCAACGAAAUACACGUCAAGAAAAUUACGUGGUCACCGGACUCGGAGAUUUUGACAAUAUGGGGUCAGAGAUACAAUCAGAAAGAGACAUUUCUUCAACUAUGGAGUGAAAAUAAUUAUCACUGGUACCUGAAGCAGACAAUUCCUUUUAAGGAAGAGAAUCCUUUAGUCUUCUUCAACUGGAGCACGAUUCCUCGAGCUAAAAAACGUCUUAUUGUCCUUACAAGAGAGAACUUUAUGGUGUACACCUUCAAAUGGUCAAUAAAUCGCACUCGUGGACUUUCUGAUGAUGAUAAAGCUGUCGUGGGUGUUGCUGACGGUGAUAAAGUUCUUCUCACUGCUUUCAAAAUGGGCAUCGUGCCACCCCCCAUGUCACAUUACUCACUUCAGAUUAGUGGAACCUCUAAUGGCUGUUUUUUCGCUCCACUUUGUAGCAAUGAUACUCCACACUGGCUUGAUUCCAAUUGUCUAUUCGUGCACGUGGAGAAUAAUCAAUUGGCACUGUAUGUGCAUCAAAAGGAGGGUUUGUUGGGGUACAGGCAUGCCAAGACGUUCGAUUUGGAGUGGCUGGUACCAAAAAUUGGGGACGAAAGUUUGGGCUACACGAUGCAUCAUUUUGUUUGGGUGAAAGCCGAUGGAAUUUUAUGCUCUGUUACUGUUGAAGGACGAAGUUACCUUUGCGUCCUUCAGAUAGAAAAUCUGAAUGUGGAGAAAGGGACUGGUAGACUAGUUGUCAGUGAUGCUUUGAUGAUGGACGGCUAUAUACAUCAUAUCGUUCCGACAACCGAUCCAAACGAAGCAUAUCUGAUCUUGGACAGUGGUGUGUUGAAAUACACCCACGGGGAGGGUAUCAUACCAACUGAAAUAAUUUUACCCGAACAGUGUGAUCACGUCGAGGCCGUUAGGAUCGGUAUGCGACACGUACUUGUCGCACUUGGUAGCAGAAACCGUCUCUUCCUUGACGGCGCAGAAGUCGCUAAUAACAUUACCAGUAUCUGCAUUCAUUCGGAAUUUCUUCUGCUGACAACUCUGCAGCACACAUUGGUGACAGUCAGGAUGAAUGAGCUUGGCUUUUCGAAAUUUUCAACAUCGACGUUGUCGAUUAAAUCAUGGGGAACUGAUAUCGAUGAGAGCACAGGGUUGAGCCUGAGAAGAAUGGAACGAGGUGGAAGCCUGGUGAACGCACUGCGUAAGGACGAUAGGGCAGUUCUCCAGAUGCCGCGAGGAAACCUGGAGACUGUCCAGCCUCGUUCCAUGUCCCUCCACAUAAUAAAAACGCACCUGGUCUCCCUGAAUUACUUCACCGUCUUCGAUAUAAUGAGAAAACAGCGGAUAAACCUGAAUCUUAUCCACGACCACAAUCCCCGAGUAUUCAUGUCCACAGCCGAAAAGUUCAUAGACGACAUUAAGAAUCCCUGCUGGCUGAACUACUUCAUCUCCGAGCUGGUGGAGGAGGACGUGACGGAUACUAUUUACAGGACUUGCUACACAAAAGAGGAGAAUGCAGCCAGGAGAGACGAGUUCGAGAAGCCAGACGGUCGUAAAGUGGAACGAAUUUGUCAGCAUCUGCGACAGAUUAUGGAGAAGAAGGCGGACAAGAGAAAUUUAGUGCAGCCGAUCCUGACGUGCCUAGUGAAAAAUAAGCAAGUGUCAGGGCUGGAGGCAGCUCUUCAGAAAGUCAAGGAAUUCAAAUCGAAAGAGGGAACAAAAGAGGGACGUCAGCAGUCAGCAGACGAGGCCCUGAAGUACCUCCAGUACCUGGUGGACAUAAACGUUCUCUACGACAUCGCCCUGGGAAUGUAUGACCUCGAUCUCGCAAAAUUCGUAGCUUCAAAGUCCCAGAAGGAUCCGAAAGAGUACAUCCCAUACCUGAACGGUCUUGCCGAACUGGAGGAGAAUUAUCGAAAGUUCAAGAUCAACAAGGACCUGAAGAGAUACGAACCAGCCUUGGAGUACAUAGCCCAUCGUCUGGACAAAUUCGACGAGUGCAUUGAUCUGAUAGUGAAUCACAAUUUAUUCGUAAAAGCCGUGAAGAUCUUCCCGAGGGACACGUACGAAUAUAGGAAAGUGACUGGAAUAGCUGGUGAAUACUUCUGGAGGAAUAAAAAAUAUCGUGAGGCUGCUUUGAUGUACCACCGCAGUGGUAAUCUGGAGCGUGCUUUUGAAUUUUACAAAAUAUCCGGUAGUUGGCAGGAUGCCAUCAUCAUCACCACUGAGAUGGAUUUGAAUCCUGGUGAGAAGAACAAAAUGUAUAAAAUACUUGUGCGUCAAAUGAUUGAGGACAGACGAUUUCGUGAUGCUGCGGAAAUAUCAUUGGCGUACCUCAAAAACGAGGAAGAUGCUGUCUCUUUGAUGUGUAGGGGAAAAGAGUGGAGGGAGGCAUCGAGAAUAGCCCAUACACACGCGAGAUUGGAUUUAAUUGAAACCGAGGUAAAGCCAGGGGUGGUAGAACACGCUGCAUGGCUACUGUCCAAGAUAUCGGAGAACAGGGAAGAGUUUUUGAAGUACAAAAAACGACUACUGAUUGUGAGGAGUGAAAUAGCUAAGAGGGAGGCAGAGGACGCUCUUGCUGAGGAGGAGGAUGGACCUGGGGAGGUCAGUGACCUGCUGAGUGACACCAGCAGCAUCGCUGGUUCCAACACCAGUCUGAGCUCGGGAAGCUCGAGGAGCUCAGGGAGAAGCUACAGGUCGAGUAAAAAUAGGAGAAAGCAGGAGAAGAAGGUGCUCAGCAUCAAGGAAGGAAGUGUUUACGAAGAUUUGGCGCUCGUUCGUGCCCUUCACACGAUUAUUUCUAGUACGUAUGAGCAAAGGGAGGAAGUAGUCGCUGUCAACCGGAUUUUGCUUAGUCUGUAUCUGGAUGAAAUGGCCGAACAGCUGCAGCACGCACUUGUAGAUAUUAUUGAAGUUAUUGAGAAAAAUAGGGACGAGAUCUGGCCGAGGAGGGACAGUGAGGAGGAGGGCCAGAUGAAUGGGCAUAGGAGGGCGAACCCUCAGAAACUACUCGAAGCCAAAUUCACUUAUGCACCUGAAGUGGCUUCUGUUAAUUGGAAACUUGAUGUUUUUUCACCUGUCAAACGUUCACCUAAAUUGUAAAUAUCUAUGAAUAUGGCAAAUAAAUAUUCUUUUUUAGACUUA